AUUGCAUAUUUUGCAACAAUAUUGUUGAGCACCAACACAAGCACAACCACACAUUGAAUUACAGACUUACAGUUGUGCAUUGUGGAUGAUCAUGUCCUCCAUGCUCAUGUCUUCCUUCUCUCUCAUCCCGUCACCUAUCUUUGCUUGCUCUUCUUCUCCAGACACUUCAAAAACUCCAAAUUCAAAUUCUGUGAAACUCCGACCUGAUUGGAGGCAAAAAUCUCGACCAAUUCCUCCUGGUGGCACUUAUCCUGCUAAAGACCAUUGCAGCCGAUGUGGGCUUUGUGAUACUUAUUACAUUGCUCAUGUGAAGGAUGCGUGUGCUUUCUUGGGGGAUGGCAUGUCUAGAAUAGAAAGUAUGGAACCCCUAGUCCAUGGGAGAGGCAGAAAGGAAGAUUCACUCGAUGAGACAUAUCUAGGAGUCUAUGAGGACGUAUUGUAUGCCCGUAAGAUUAAACCUGUUGAAGGAGCACAGUGGACGGGUAUAGUAACAACUAUUGCUGUUGAAAUGCUUAAAGCAGGCCUGGUGGAAGCUGUUAUCUGUGUACAGAGUGAUCCAGAGGAUAGAUUCACUCCGAGGCCUGUAUUAGCCAGGACGCCUGAGGAAGUCAUUGCAGCAAAAGGUGUUAAGCCAACUUUGUCUCCAAAUCUUGAUACACUAGCCCUGGUUGAGGCAGCUGGUGUAAAGCGUCUUCUCUUCUGCGGUGUUGGCUGUCAAGUUCAAGCACUGAGAUCGGUAGAAAAGUAUCUGAAGUUGGAAAAACUGUAUGUUCUUGGGACAAAUUGCGUGGACAAUGGAACUCGGGAAGGACUAGACAAGUUUCUAAGAGCUGCUAGCAGUGAUCCAGAUACAGUUCUUCAUUAUGAAUUCAUGCAAGAUUACAAGGUCCAUUUAAAGCAUUUGGAUGGGCAUAUGGAAGAAGUCCCAUACUUCUGUCUACCAGCCAAUGAUUUGGUUGAUGUCAUUGCCCCAUCCUGCUAUAGUUGCUUUGACUACACCAACGCAUUGGCAGAUCUGGUAGUGGGCUACAUGGGAGUUCCAAAGUAUUCUGGCACCAGCAUGACACAACAUCCGCAGUAUGUCACUGUAAGGAAUGAACGUGGUAGAGAGAUGCUGAGUCUGAUUAAAAACCUUAUAGAAAUUACUCCUACGAUGAGCAGUGGCAACAGGCGUCCAUUUGUUAUAGAGACUGUUAAAGCAGAUGAUGAUGCCAAAUUAGGAAUUGGACAAAAUGCUGCCUCCAAGGUUCGUUAAGGAGCUCAUCAACACUACCCCCGAGGUUCAUUAUGAGGCGUGGCAAUUGACCAUAUCAGGUCUAAGAAGUAACUGUGCUCCACCCAUACCUUGCGUACUUUCUAUUUUCAAUUCAUAAACUAUGCUAGCAAAACAAUACUACAUUCGGAAUCAUUCAACCAGAUUUCAGAAUGAAUACACAACAACACUAUCAUAACUAUGGCCAUAGUAGAAACAAAUUUACCAAAACUGAAAGGAGAUUCCAUACACACAAGGGCUAUUGCUAUCCAUAGCUAUCGAUCUUGUAAGGGACUUAACCCACAAGCAUUGAAAUCAUAAUGACUCAUAAUGAUAUUAUUGUCAUCUUUUGUACUUUUAAAUUAUUUUUCCCCACUAACUUUUAGAGUUGGUUUGAUGGAAAUUAGGCGUACAAAAAAGUCACCUCAAAUGCAAUCUAAUUCUUUACUAAUAAACCUCAGAUCCCAUCAACUCUAGCUUGAACUCCAUAAUUGUUCUCCAUAGUUGACCUCAACAAUAACAAUAAUAAUAGCCAAUAAAUUUCUAGAUGAACUCAAAAUACAGAACUAACUCAACGAACACAUCCAUAUCCACUUUCCAAUUCUUGAUCCUUUGCAACUAUAAUCUUAAUUUCUCAAUUAGAAGUUCUUUAAACUAAAUUUGCCUUAUGACCAUAGUUCUAACCAAUACAACACCAUUAGAGUUUUCAACCAACACUACCACAAUUCAAGAAUACCCAUUCUAACAAUAAACCAACACAACUCCUCUCAAUUGAUAAUCCGUAAUCAAUUUGCUAAUCAUAUUCAAAGCUUAAUAUGAAAUAAAAUCCAAUUUUAAGUAAACUCAUUAAACUAUGAUAACAGAAGAAAUCAUAUUCAUAGUUAGAGAUAAAGGCAGGCACCAAACAACAACACAAGAAGCAGUGGCGACAACAACCACCACCAACAACAAGGCGUUGGUAGCACCGUAGCAGCAGUACGUGAGCUUCAUGACACCAAUAAGGAAGCAGCAACAACUGCGUAAGUAUAGGAAAGAGAAAAACUGUUAUGACAGACGUGAGAGAGAAACAAAUAAUGAUAACAAAACAAUGAAAAUCAGACAGCAGAUUUAUGUGGUUCACCAAUUUGGUUACGUCCACGGGCAGAGAGAGAGAAUAUUCUAUUAUGUGAGGAAUAACAAAUUACGGAGAGAAUUAGACUUAAUUCGUCGUCUAAAACAAUUAGGUUAAUAACCUAUAUAUACUCCCGCGUCUACCUCAAAACCGGGCACCCGCCCGAUCAGGUCGGGUGACAUUCGCUCGAUCGAGCGGUAUUUUACCCAACCACAGAUUUGCUACGGGCCCACAAUAUCCCUUCAACAAAAUUGUCUCAAAAGACAAUCAGACCACAUUAGUCCCUAAGGACCCAAGAAGGCAACUAACAAUCACGAACAUUGAGUUAGUCCAAACAAUGUCGAAACUUACUCUGCGAAAUCGGCCUGGUGAACAUAUCAGCACGAUUAUAAGCAGUUUCUACCUUCACCUUAAUUCUAGUCUCACUCCUCAGGAAAUGAGAUCUCACAUCAAUAUGCUUAGUCCUCUCAUGAUGGACUUGAUCCUUGGCUAAGCAUAUUGCACUCAAACUGUCACAAUACACAAUAGCCUGAUCAUGAUGUAAACCAAGAUCACUAACUACUCCUUUCAGCCAUAUCCCCUCUUUAGCAGCUGCUGCCAACGCCAUGUACUCUGCUUCGGUAGUAGACAAAGUAAUUGUAGCCUGCAAAGUUACCUUCCAACUAACGACAAAACCGCCAAGAGUAAAUACAUAACCAGUCAUUGACCUACCGUCAACAUCUCCAGCUUAAUUAGAAUCAGAAUACCCAGUGACUAACACUGAGUAUCAUUUCCAUAAAUAAGACCGAAAUCCUCUUGACUGCCUGGCAGUGCUCCUUACCAGGAUCACCCAUGAACCUACUCACCACACUGAGUGCAUGUGCAAGAUCCGGUCUAGUGCAAACCAUAGCAUACAUCAAGCUAGUGCAAACCAUAGCAUACAUCAAGUUCCCUACUCCACUAGCAUAAGGAACCCGACUCAUAUACUCCUUCUCCUCAGCAGUCUUGGGUGCAAAAGCAACACAACAGGCUUGGGUGUAAAAGCAACAUACAUAUGAUUAUUGGAGGCACUUGGAGUAUCUAUAGGCUUAGCUGUUGUCAUGCCAAACCUUGACAAUAUCUUCUGAAUAUAGCCUUUCUGUGACAAGAAAAGCUUCCUCUGACCUCUUUCCUUAUAGAUCUCCAUCCCAAAAUCUUUUUCGCAGUCUCCAAGUCCUUCAUUUCAAAAGAAGACUCUUCAACCUCUGAAUAUCAGACUUAGUCUUUGCAGCUAUGAGCAUAUCAUCUACAUACAUAAAUAAAUGACCUAUCACUCAGCUUGUUGUGAUACACACAACAGUCAUACAGACUCUUGUUGUAGCCUAACUCAAUCAUAUAGCUGUCAAAUCGCUUAUACCACUGUCUAGGAGACUGUUUUAGUCCAUACAAGGAAUUCUUCAACCUCCAAACAUAGUCUUUUUUUCCAUGAACUUGGAACCCAUUUGGUUGAGUCAUGUAAAUCUCCUCUUCUAACUCCCCAUGUAGGAAAGUUGUUUUCACAUCCAGUUGCUCAAGUUCAAGAUCUUGAUGUGCAACUAUUGCUAGUAGCACCCUGAUGGAAGUAUGUCUGACUACUGGUGAGAAAAUCUCGUUAUAAUCAACUCAUUCCCUUUGUGGAAACCCUCUUGCAACAACUCGAGCUUUAUACUUUACUCCCUUAGAAGGUGAGCUCCCUUCCUUCUUCUUGAAAACCCAAUUGCAUGUGACGAUCUUCCUCUCCUUAUGACGUUUGACUAGCUCCCAUCUUGGGACUCCCAAGUUUGAUUCUUAUCCAGAGACUCCAUCUCAUCUCCCAUUGCAGCGAGCCAUUGAGUAGACUCACUACUAGAAGCAGCUUCUUUAUAGGUGGAUGGCUCAUGAUUUUCAACCUCCACCUUCUUAGCGACCUGUAGUGCAUAAGCAACCAUGUUCUCAAAAAGUCAAAACCAUACCUCUUUGAAGGUCCCACACCAACUCUUCAAGCUUUAUCAAGUGCUAUGCUUGGUUGAUAUACUUCAGAUAACUGAUAACUAGAAGACUCUUCAAUAGCACCAUGUUGAUGUGCUCCACCUUGGUGCUAUGAUUCACUCUCAUCGUGAGUGACUUGCAGCUCCACCUCUUUAUCAACAUCACUACUAAUAGACACCACAGUCAACUUCACAAGAGAGUUAAACAUAGAAUUUUCACCAAAUAUUACAUUUCUACUAAGUAUAGCACGAUUCUCAGAAGGUGACCAGAUUCUAUAGUCCUUAACUCCACUCCCAAACCCCACAAAUACACCCUUCUUAGCUCUAGGUUCUAAUUUACCCUCAUUUACAUGAUAAUAAACAGUAGAAGCAAAAACUCUCAAUACAGAAUAAUCUGCAGGCUUACCAGACCCCACCUCAUAAGGUGUUUUACAGUAUUUGUGUGAGGUCCACGAUUGAUCACAUGGCAAGCUGUACUCACGGCUUCUGCCUUAAAUCUCUUAGCUAACCCACCAUUUGAGAGCAUGCACCUCGCUCUCUCCAACAGUGUCUGAUUCAUGCGUUCUGCGAUUCCAUUUUGUUGUGGCGUAUUUCUAACAGUAUGAUGGCGAGCAAUUCCUUCAUUCUUGCAAAACUCAACAGAACUCCGGACCAUUAUCAGUACGCAACCUUUUGAUCUUCCUUUCAACUUGAUUUUCCACUAGAACCUUCCACUGGUUGAAGUUCUUUAAAGCCUCACUUUUAUGCUUCAUCAUAAUUACCGAAGUCAUUCUUGAAUAAUCAUCAAUUAUCGACACAAAAUACUUGUGACAUCCAAUAGAUGCAACUCGGAAUGGUCUCCAACAAUCAUAAUGGAUAUAAUCAAGGGUACCUUUCGUUGUAUGAACCGCCAGUAAACUUAUCAAUUUUAACAUUAACAAUUCCUCCUAGUAAACUUAUCAAUUUUAACAUUCAUUCUAGACAUCUUUCUCACACAGAUCGAACAAAAAGCUCUUGAUACCAAUUUGUUAUGACAAACGUGAGAGAGAAACAAAUAAUGAAUGCAAAACAAUGAAAAUCAGACAACAGAUUUACGUGGUUCACCAAUUUGGCUACGUCCACGGGA